AUGAAACACCUGCUGCUGGUCACCCUGUCUGCCCUGUUCUGCUGCUGGGUCUCAGCUGACACUAGAUGUCACUCCUGCUACAAGGUCCCCGUGCUGGGCUGUGUGGAUCGCCAGUCCUGUCGUCUGGAGCCAGGCCAAAAAUGCCUGACGACAAACGUGUACCUUGGAAAGAUGUGGGUUUUCUCUAACCUGCGCUGCGGCACACCGGAGGAGCCCUGUCGAGAGGCUUUCAACCAAACCAACCACAAGCUGGGCCUGAACUACAACACCACCUGCUGUGACCAGGACAACUGCAACAGCCCGGCUCCCAGGCCCACACCUGCGCUGGCCCUGGUCACCCUCGCCUCCGUGGCUGGCCUUGGCCUCUGGCUAUUGCACUGA